ACGCCACAUCUCAUUUCCGGUCCUUGCGGAACUGCGGCUGUGGGCCGGGUGAGGGACCCUUGCCGCCUUUUGGGGUACGCAGUCGCGCCUGCAGGGCUGGAGGCAUGCCGGACGUGGAGUCGCCGUGUCGUUUCUUCCCGGAGUGUGCAGCCCUGUGAACACUGCUGAGGCCCUGACCUGGAGGGAUCCUGAGCCUCCUGACUUCAGUGAAUCUGGCCCUUGCCCCAGACCCCCCCGGGCAGCACAGAUGCAUCUCAGCGGUGGCCUAUCCCAAGAGCGAGUCAAUCCCGGCAGCUGAGAGGCAGCUGAGAAGUCGCAUCUGAGUCAGCGGAGCAUUCAGCCACCGGCUGGGCAAAGGUUGGGCUCCAGCUCCCAAGCCAGUGGUGAGCUGUCCUUUGCUGAUGAAUCAGGGUACACCUGGGGAACACUUUCAAGUCUGCCCCACAUCCAGCCGGCAUAAUAGGCUGAAGAAUACCUGCAGAGAUAGCUGGGUCUUGAUUCCUGGAGACCAUGAAUGUCACCUUCUGUGGCAGAAGGAACUCUGCAGAUAUGAUUAAGCUAACGGUCUUGAGAAGGAGUGCAUGUGCUGCAGUAUCCAGGGGGCCCCCGUGGAAACAUGAGGGUCCUUUCAAGGUGGCAGCAAAGGGGUAUUUGGGUGCCGAAGAGCAGGAGAGGUGACCUUGGAGGCAGAGUUGUGGAGUGAGGCAGCCUCAAGCCAGGGAGUGCUGGCCACUGGGCACAGCGAGGAACAAACUCUCCCCAGGACCCUCCAGAAGGAACUGUUAUUUUAGCCCAUAGAUUCAGUUUGGACUUCUGGCCUUUAGAGCUGGAAGAGAAUAAAUGUCUGCUGUUUUAAGCCUUCACGUUGCUGGUAAUGUGUUUGAACUCUUAGGUAACUUCUCCUCACUGAGACCUCCACUGUCCCGACUCCAAGCUUGGCGUCCAGAAGAGUCUGCCUGCUCCGCCUCUGCCUGCUCCACUGUGCUGUGGAGCUGCUAGUCCUUCCCCCUGGCCUCUCACCCUGGGCGGGGUCUGGGGGAGCUGGGCUGGUGGGAGCUUGCCCCUCCCAGAGUGACCCCCGGAACCAUGGGUGGCUGUUGCGGGGGAGGCCUUGUCUUCUCAUCUUAUCUUUCCUAGGUUCCUCUGCACAAGUGGAAACUGCAGUGAGCAGGCCCGCAAAAUGCAAAAAACGACAUGAAAUAAAUCAUAAUGGAAGAAAUGACUCAAAAUAAUGGCAACUACACAGAACCAUCCCAUUAGAAAACACAUGGGGAGAAGGAAGGCUUUCAUAUGUUCUCAAGUACAAACCCAGUCAUUGCCUUUGAGGGGGCUCCCCUGCCCUCAGAAACUGCUGUCCUUGUCUGCUGGGGCCUCCCUGCUGCCUGCCCCACCCUGUUCCCUGAGGUUGUGGCCCUGAAUGUGGUGCCUCAUCUGGGGUGCCUGUCCUUCAUGGGACAAUGACUCUCCCUGCCAUCCGCACGGGAGGACCUCCUGUGCUUACCCUAAGGUGCUUGCGGGCUUACCAGGCGCCCCCAAGCUUUGACCCACCAGAGUCUCUGAGGCCAGUCCAGCUCCUGCUGCUGCUGGGCCAGACACACCCUCUCCCUCAGGGCAACUCAAACGUCCACCCUCCUGCCCCCUUCAGAUGAUGUGCUGGCCACCACCACCUCUGGGACUGUGCCCAGGGACCCAGCCCCACAACCUGGCAUGAGCAGUGGUGGCCAGUGGGGAGGAGGGACACCUGAAUCAUUCAGCUCCUUUCCUGCAAUACCACCAUGAUAGGCUGGGACCCAGAACCUUCUGUCCACCAGGAGGGGCUUCCGGGAGGGACUCCCAAGUCUGGGGCAGAUCUGGGCCCUACUCGUGAGCCAGAGGGCAGAGUUUGGGGGGUGCCCCGCUCAGGGUGCUCGGAACUGCUGGGUGCUGGCUCUGAAGCCCCGGAAUGUGGCUGCGGUGGGGGGUAGGGAGCCGUUGACCUCACAAUGGCGGGGUCCGCUGCCCUCUGGCCAGCCUGCCUGCCACCAGCAGCUGCUGCCCACCGCUGCCGGGCAUGUCCCUCCUCAGCAGCUACGAGGGCCUGCGGCAGGAGAUCCAGCGGCUGGCACAGGAGAACGAGGAGCUCCGGCGGCUGGUGCAGCUCAUCCAGGAGAACCAGGAGCUGAAGCUGGUGCUCAGGAACCGGGGCAGCAGCCUGAGCUUCUGUGGCCCCGGGCUCCUGGCUGAGGUGGCCGCUGGCCCCCGGCUCCCCCGGCGCAGAACCAUCAAGUUCAAGGAUGUGGAGAGAGUUCUCCCAGGACUGCCAGCUGAGGAGUCGCUGCUGGACUCCAGCCCCAUCACCAUGGGUGGCCCGGAGGGGCGCUUCCAUUUUGCCAUCGACCGUGGAGGCACCUUCACAGAUGUCUUUGCCCAGUGCCCAGGGGGGCACGUGAGGGUCCUAAAGCUGCUUUCAGAAGACCCUGCCAACUAUGCGGACGCCCCCACUGAGGGCAUCCGCCGCGUCCUGGAGCAGGAGGGGGGCGUGCUGCUGCCUCGGGACCGGCCGCUGGACACCAGUCGCAUUGCCAGCAUCCGCAUGGGCACCACGGUGGCGACCAAUGCGCUGUUGGAACGGCGGGGAGAGCGGGUGGCGCUGCUGGUGACGCGCGGGUUCCGAGACCUGCUGCACGUGGGCACCCAGGCCCGCUCGGACCUCUUUGACCUGGCCGUGCCCAUGCCCGAGAUGCUGUAUGAGGAGGUGCUGGAAGUAGACGAACGGGUAGUGCUCUAUCGAGGGGAGCCGGGUGCUGGGACACCCGUGAAAGGCUGCACAGGGGACCUGCUGGAAGUGCAGCAGCCUGUGGAUCUGGGGGGCCUGCGAGGGAAGCUGGAAGGGCUCCUGUCCCGGGGCAUCCGCAGCCUGGCUGUGGUGCUCAUGCACUCGUACACGUGGGCCCAGCACGAGCAGCAGGUGGGCGCCCUGGCCCGGGAACUGGGCUUCACGCACGUGUCGCUGUCCUCGGAGGCCAUGCCUAUGGUGCGCAUCGUGCCCCGGGGGCACACGGCCUGUGCCGACGCCUACCUCACGCCUACCAUCCAGCGCUACGUGCAGGGCUUCCGCCGUGGCUUCCAGGGUCAGCUCAAGGACGUGCAGGUGCUGUUCAUGCGCUCCGACGGUGGGCUGGCGCCCAUGGACUCCUUCAGCGGCUCCCGCGCUGUGCUCUCCGGACCUGCUGGGGGCGUGGUUGGUUACUCAGCCACCACCUACCGGGUGGAGGGCGGCCAGCCAGUCAUCGGCUUUGACAUGGGAGGCACGUCUACAGAUGUGAGCCGCUAUGCUGGUGAGUUUGAGCAUGUUUUCGAGGCCAGCACGGCUGGUGUCACCCUUCAGGCCCCCCAGCUGGAUAUCAACACGGUGGCAGCGGGUGGGGGCUCCCGCCUCUUCUUCAGGUCCGGCCUCUUCGUGGUGGGGCCAGAGUCUGCGGGAGCCCACCCUGGCCCCGCCUGCUACCGAAAAGGGGGCCCUGUGACAGUGACGGACGCUAAUCUGGUCCUGGGUCGCCUGUUGCCUGCCUCCUUCCCCUGCAUUUUUGGGCCGGGAGAGGACCAGCCACUGUCCCCAGAGGCGUCCCGAAAGGCCCUGGAGGCUGUGGCCACGGAGGUCAACAGCUUCCUGACCAACGGGCCUUGCCCAGCCUCCCCACUGAGCCUGGAGGAGGUGGCCAUGGGGUUUGUUCGUGUGGCCAACGAGGCCAUGUGUCGGCCCAUCCGUGCUCUCACGCAGGCACGAGGCCAUGACCCCUCGGCCCACGUGCUGGCCUGCUUUGGGGGAGCUGGUGGGCAGCAUGCUUGUGCCAUCGCCCGGGCCCUGGGCAUGGACACUGUGCACAUUCACAGGCACAGUGGACUGCUGUCGGCGCUGGGGUUGGCCCUGGCCGACGUGGUGCAUGAGGCACAGGAGCCCUGCUCCCUGCCCUAUGCUCCCGAGACCUUUGCGCAGCUGGACCAGAGGCUGGGCCGCCUGGAGGAGCAGUGUGUGGAGGCCCUGCGGGCCCAGGGCUUCCCCAGGUCCCAGAUCAGCACUGAGAGCUUCCUGCACCUGCGCUACCAGGGCACGGACUGCGCCCUAAUGGUGUCUGCCCACCAGCACCCGGCCAGUGCCCGCUCGCCCCGAGCUGGUGACUUUGGGGCGGCCUUUGUGGAGAGGUACAUGAGGGAGUUCGGCUUCAUUAUUCCUGAGCGGCCGGUGGUGGUGGACGACGUGCGGGUCAGGGGCACGGGCAGCAGCAGCCUUUGCCUCGAGGAUGUCCCAAAAGUCCAUAGUGGACCUCCUCGGGUAGAUAAGAUGACCCAGUGCUACUUUGAGGGGGGCUACCAGGAGACCCCUGUGUACCUGUUGGGAGAGCUGGGCUGUGGACACAAGCUUCAGGGGCCCUGCCUCAUCAUUGACAGCAACAGUACCAUCCUGGUGGAGCCAGGCUGCCAGGCAGAGGUGACUGAGACUGGGGACAUCCGCAUCUCUGUGGGGGCCGAGACGGCCAGCAUGGUGGGCAUGCAGCUUGACCCCAUCCACCUGUCCAUCUUCUCCCACCGCUUCAUGAGCAUUGCUGAGCAGAUGGGCCGCAUCCUGCAGCGCACGGCCAUCUCCACCAACAUCAAGGAGCGUCUGGACUUCUCCUGCGCCCUCUUUGGGCCCGACGGGGGUCUGGUCUCCAACGCCCCUCACAUCCCCGUGCACCUGGGUGCCAUGCAGGAGACGGUGCAGUUCCAGAUUCAGCAGUUGGGGGCUGAUCUCCACCCCGGCGAUGUGCUGCUGAGCAACCACCCCAGCGCAGGGGGCAGCCACCUGCCAGACCUGACUGUCAUCACACCGGUGUUUUGGCCGGGUCAAACGCGGCCUGUGUUCUAUGUGGCCAGCCGUGGGCACCAUGCAGACAUUGGGGGCAUCACACCGGGCUCCAUGCCCCCCCACUCCACCAGCCUGCAGCAGGAGGGUGCGGUCUUCCUGUCCUUCAAACUUGUGCAGGGGGGAGUCUUCCAGGAAGAGGCGGUGACUGAAGCCCUGCGGGCGCCAGGCAAGAUUCCGGGCUGCAGCGGAACACGGAACCUGCACGACAACCUGUCGGAUCUGCGUGCCCAGGUGGCGGCCAACCAGAAGGGCAUCCAGCUGGUGGGCGAGCUCAUCGGGCAGUAUGGCCUGGACGUGGUGCAGGCCUACAUGGGCCACAUUCAGGCAAACGCGGAGCUCGCUGUGAGGGACAUGCUCCGGGCCUUUGGAACUGCCCGGCAGGCCCGGGGCCUGCCCCUGGAGGUGUCUGCAGAGGACCACAUGGACGACGGCUCCCCCAUAAGACUCCGAGUGCAGAUCAACCUGAAUCAGGGUAGCGCGGUGUUUGAUUUCAGCGGCUCAGGGCCGGAGGUGUUCGGCAACCUCAACGCGCCGCGGGCCAUCACGCUGUCUGCGCUCAUCUACUGUCUUCGCUGUCUGGUCGGCCGCGACAUUCCACUCAACCAGGGCUGCCUGGCUCCGGUGCGCGUGGUAAUUCCUAAAGGCUCCAUCCUAGACCCUUCUCCCGACGCGGCCGUGGUGGGCGGCAACGUGCUCACGUCGCAGCGCGUGGUGGACGUCAUCCUGGGUGCCUUCGGGGCCUGCGCCGCUUCCCAGGGCUGCAUGAACAACGUGACCUUGGGCAACGCCCACAUGGGCUACUACGAGACGGUGGCGGGCGGCGCGGGCGCGGGUCCGGGUUGGCACGGGCGCAGCGGCGUGCACAGCCACAUGACCAAUACACGCAUCACCGACCCCGAGAUCCUGGAGAGCAGGUACCCGGUUAUCCUGCGCCGCUUCGAGCUAAGACUGGGGUCCGGGGGUCGCGGCCGCUUCCGGGGCGGCGAUGGCAUUAUCCGUGAGCUGCUUUUCCGCGAGGAGGCGCUGCUGUCCGUGCUGACCGAGCGCCGCGCCUUCCAGCCGUACGGCCUGAUGGGGGGUGAGCCUGGUGCCCGGGGCCUAAACCUACUCAUCCGGAAGGACGGCCGGACAGUGAACCUGGGUGGGAAGACCUCAGUGCCCGUGUACCCUGGGGACGUGUUCUGUCUCCACACACCAGGCGGUGGGGGCUACGGGGACCCGGAGGACCCCGCCCCACUGCCAGGUUCGCCUUUGCAGCCCCUAGCCUUCCCCGAGCGGGGCAGCGUGUAUGAGUACCGCAGGGCCCAGGAGGCUGUGUGAAGGAGGGCCCACACAAUAAAGAUCCCUGAAGUCGCCUUUCCCUCUGGCGACUGGCCAGGCUCA